AACGGUUAUGGUCCAAGAACCUGGUCUAUCCAGAGCCAAAGCUGUGCCUUCUAAAACCUUCCAUUCCUCGUUUACCGCGCUCGCAUCUUCUUUCAAACACACUUUGCGUUUUUUUGUAAGGGUCUUUCAAAGACAAACAGAGAGAGAGAGAGAGAGAGAGAGAGAUGUGUGGAAGAGCUCGGUGUACAAUAAGAGCGGACGAUAUUCCUAGGGCAUGUGGCGUCAACGAUGGGCGCAUACGCUCUGUGCAAAUGGACAGUUCUCUUUCAGUUAUCGCCCAUCUUACAAUGUUUCACCUGCGGCGUAUAUGCCCGUUGUUCGGAGAGAAGAUGGAUCAGGUGGUGAAGGUUUUGUACUUCACUGCAUGAAGUGGGGACUGAUACCCAGUUUCACCAAGCAAACUGAGAAGCCUGAUCACUUUAGGAUGUUCAAUGCUCGAUCGGAAUCGAUAGGUGAAAAAGCUUCUUUCCGUCGGCUUGUUCCUAACAAUCGAUGCCUCGUGGCUGUAGAAGGAUUCUAUGAGUGGAAAAAAGAUGGGACGAAGAAGCAGCCUUAUUACAUUCAUUUUAAGGAUGAACGACCUCUUGUGUUUGCUGCUCUUUAUGAUUCUUGGAAGAACUCCGAAGGUGAGGUUCUAUAUACGUUCACCAUUGUGACAACUUGUUCUUCAUCAUCUUUGCAGUGGCUUCACGAUAGGAUGCCUGUUAUUUUGGGUAACGAGGGCUCUACUGACGCAUGGCUGAAUGGUUCUUUGUCUAAGUUGGAUUCUGUGCUUAAACCAUAUGGAGAUCCUGACUUGGUGUGGAACCCUGUGACACUUGCAAUGGGAAAAACAUCAUUUAAUGGACCUGAGUGCAUCAAGGAGAUACAAUUAAAAUCUGAGGAGAAGAACUCAAUCUCAAAGUUCUUUACAAAGAAGAGAACUGAGAAUCAACAGGAGACUGCCAGGACAAAUCUCCUCGAAAAUGUGAAAGAUGAACCUGGAAAUCAAGAAGACACCGAAGAUCCAACUGAUUCCAAAGGAAAUAAUGGUUCUAAACCUGAUGUUUCUUCUCUACUUAAUAAGGAAGCUGAGAAAUGUGGAAUAAAACGGGAGUAUGAAGAAUCUGCAGCUGAUUUGAAGUCGAUGAUUGACAGCACUGACAAGUCGGAAGCAAGUCAUGCGAAGAAAAAGGCAAACCUUAAGAGUGCAGGUGACAACCAACCAACUCUGCUCUCAUACUUUGGUAAAAGCUAGAAGUUUUGUGUGUCUAGGGAUACAGAUUUCUUGUGUAAGCUCACAUGUAUGUAGGUCGAGGUUGAGAAUGACUUUGUUGUAGUUUUGUUUGUCUAGAGAUCUCAGCAAAGAGGCUUCUGUUGUACCAAACUAAGUGCUGAUCUGUUGUAACAAACUAAGUGCUGAUGAAUCUUUUUCUCUUAUAUUUCUUCAAAAUGCUUUUUCUGUACCCUCUCCUGUUACUUUCUUUUGCCCCAAAAAUAUGAAAUGGUGGAGUUGUGGAUUGAAAGAA